GCAACACAAGCAAGACGUGUUCUUUUUUGGAAAAAACAAUAGUAAAAGCAAAUAGUUUAUCAGAGAAAAACAAACUAAACGACAAAAUUCUAGUGAAGCGACAACUGUCGCGAUAAAAGCCCGACAAUCGCAGUGCAGCAGCAGCAACAGCAGCGCAAUCUCGGCCUCAGCUGACCGGAAAGUUACUUCGGCGACGUGGAAAAUCACCAAAAAAAAAAAAAAGAAAAGAAAAGAAAACACAGCUUUAAAAAAUGUGUGGAAUCUUUGCAUAUCUCAACUACCUGACGCCAAAGUCCCGGCAGGAGGUGCUCGAUCUCCUCCUGCAGGGACUCAAGCGGCUGGAAUAUCGUGGCUAUGACUCAACGGGCAUAGCCAUCGACGAUCCCAGUUCCACGGAAGGCAACGCCAUCGUCAUGGUCAAGCGAACCGGCAAGGUGAAGGUCCUCGAAGAUGCCAUAGCGGAGGUGUGUCGCGGCGAGGACUAUGCACGACCCAUUGAUACCCACAUUGGCAUCGCUCACACCCGUUGGGCCACCCAUGGAGUGCCCUCCGAGGUUAAUUCGCAUCCCCAGAGAUCCGAUUUGGAAAACAGCUUUGUGGUCGUGCACAAUGGCAUCAUUACAAACUACAAGGAUGUAAAGACACUGCUGGAGAAGCGGGGCCAUGUCUUUGAGUCCGACACGGACACGGAAGUGAUUGCCAAGCUGGUGCAACAUCUGUGGCAAAAGCAUCCUGGCUACACCUUUGGUGAGCUGGUGGAGCAGGCCAUUCAGCAGCUGGAGGGCGCCUUUGCCAUUGCCUUCAAGUCACGUCAUUUCCCCGGCGAGUGCGUGGCCUCCCGACGUGGCUCUCCGCUGCUGGUGGGCAUCAAGGCCAAGACCAAGCUGGCCACGGAUCACAUACCCAUUCUGUAUGCCAAGGCCCAUCGUCCCCAUGGUCAGCCGCAGCAGCAGGCCUACCAGGUCCUGCCGCCCGGUGAUUGCAGUGCCGAAUUCCAGCCACUGGAGCGUAAGGAAGUGGAGUACUUCUUUGCCUCGGACGCCUCGGCGGUCAUUGAGCACACCAAUAGGGUUAUCUACCUGGAGGACGAUGACGUGGCUGCUGUCAAGCGAGAUGGGACCCUUAGUAUUCAUCGGCUAAACAAAUCCUCAGAUGAUCCACAUGCCAGGGAGAUCAUCACCCUCAAGAUGGAAAUCCAGCAGAUAAUGAAGGGCAACUAUGACUACUUUAUGCUGAAGGAAAUCUUUGAGCAGCCGGAAUCGGUGGUGAAUACCAUGCGUGGCCGUAUGAGGUUCGAUGCACAGAGUGUUGUACUUGGCGGCAUCAAGGAGUACAUACCGGAAAUUAAGCGCUGCAGGCGUCUGAUGCUCAUAGCCUGCGGCACAUCCUAUCACAGUGCCGUGGCCACCAGGCAACUUCUGGAGGAACUCACCGAACUCCCUGUUAUGGUCGAGCUGGCCUCGGACUUCCUGGACCGCAACACACCCAUCUUCCGGGAUGACGUGUGCUUCUUUAUCUCACAAUCGGGCGAAACGGCGGACACUCUGAUGGCCCUCAGGUAUUGCAAGCAAAGGGGAGCUCUUAUCGUGGGCAUUACCAACACGGUGGGCAGCAGCAUCUGCCGGGAGUCGCAUUGCGGUGUGCAUAUCAACGCUGGACCCGAGAUUGGUGUGGCCUCCACCAAGGCCUAUACUUCUCAAUUCAUUUCCUUGGUAAUGUUUGCCCUGGUCAUGUCGGAGGAUCGUCUCAGCCUGCAGCAGCGACGACUGGAGAUCAUUGAUGGUUUAUCCCAGCUGGACGAGCACAUUAGGACUGUUUUGAAGCUUAACUCGCAGGUUCAGGAACUGGCCAAGGAGCUGUACCAGCACAAAUCACUGCUGAUCAUGGGCAGGGGCUUCAAUUUUGCCACCUGUUUGGAGGGAGCGCUGAAAGUCAAGGAACUGACCUAUAUGCACAGCGAGGGAAUACUUGCGGGCGAACUUAAACACGGACCUUUGGCCCUGGUGGACGAUGAGAUGCCGGUGCUGAUGAUUGUCCUCCGAGAUCCUGUCUAUACCAAAUGCAUGAACGCUUUGCAGCAGGUCACAUCGCGCAAGGGAAGGCCUAUCCUGAUCUGCGAGGAAGGCGACACCGAGACCAUGUCCUUCUCCACCCGCUCGCUUCAGAUUCCCAGGACUGUGGACUGCCUGCAGGGUGUGCUCACUGUUAUCCCGCUUCAGCUGCUGUCCUACCACAUAGCCGUGCUGCGAGGCUGCGAUGUGGAUUGCCCCCGGAAUCUGGCCAAGUCCGUGACCGUGGAGUAGGCUUCCAAUUCGUCAGGGAUUGGCCCGCAACAAGAAUUCCAUUUUUAGUAUCUGCCUGAGAAUUCCCAAAACUUUAGGAUUUAAGACGAAAAUUUCUUUUGGUAUUUGCACGGAUUUAAAAGUGAACUUACUCCCUUUUUAUAACCUCUGUGCCCAAUACGACGCGAGUCGAAUCUGUUAACCCCUGCAUUUUGUAGUCUUACUGACCCAUUUGUGUUUGUGUAGAAAAAUUACUAUUUGUGAAUGUGCAAUUGAAAUAUAAAUAUUUCCCAAACAUUUA